AUGGAUAGUUUGUCGGUCGAACUCAAGCCUGUCAACCUCAACUCGUGCUUUUCAUCAACGUCCCCAGGUAUUCACCAACAGAAUAUCGAUGAAGUCUUGUUGAUCUCAAGCCAAUACUUGAACUGGAACUCGAAAAAUCAUGUACUUUUCGACCAAAUCCAAUCCACCCUCCAACUCGACCCCACUCACCAUCCGCAACACCUCCUACACCUCUCUCUGGCCCAAGCCAUCCCACUCUCAGUCAUCCUACUCGAGCUUAUCGAUCUAAUUCCAGGCUCAUUCUUGAUCAAGUCCCCCGAAUUUCAAGCCGAACUCAAGUCUCAGCACAGUCUGCUACCUCUGAUCAUCCAGCAAUCCGAACUUCUCCAAGUCCAUCUCCCAUCCUUCCAGUUGGUCUCCAGCCGGGGACUUGGUUGUUUCUCACGUCAUUGCGCUCAGACCUAG